UAAGCAAACUACUGAAGCACACGUAUCUACCAUUUAUUAUGUAUGAAAAUGCAGUCAUGUCAAGUUUACACUUAAGAGUUACCUUUGUGAUUUUUAUAGUUUGCAGGAUAUACCUAGGUGCUGAUGCUUCCGUUACGAUAAGUUCCUCAGCAGCGACUGUUCCGGAGGGGUCAUCACUGACAUUUACCUGCACGUAUACCGGAAAUGAACAGCUGUCUUCAAUAAGAUGGGAAAACAAUGGGAACAAUUCGGGACGAAAAUACGAUAUAAUAAUUAUACAAGCACAAUCAUGUUCAAUAUUUCAAAGUGGUCUCGACGAAACUCUGUUCACCUACACCUGUUUCACGCUGACUAUUUUAAAUGUGACAAGGGAUUAUCAGAACGACAACUUUACGUGUAAAGCAAAUUUGAAUAUACGCAGUCGGAAUAGUGUUACCGUCAUUGUGGCAGUGCCAAUAUCAACAGUAGUUUUGACAUCACCGACAGGUUCAAAUGCCACUGUCAACGCGGGCACAUCGCAGAAAUUCACGUGUCGCACAUCCGGGGGUCUUCCACAACCAACGGUGGAAUGGUAUAAGACUUCUAGUAACAGCUGUACCAGGAAUGGCGUCAAGAUAAUGAAUUCCAUAUCCAGUUCACCGCAUGAAAGCAAUGAUCUAAUACAGGUUGAAAGUUCACUGUUGUUUACAGCAUCCAGUUUGGAUAAUAAUCUCUGGAUUUGCUGCGCGGCAAGUAAUAUCAACUCUCAGUGGAAACUGUCAGGAACGAAGCUUCUAGACGUAAGAUAUUCUCCAUCUGAUCCGCCAGUGAUUGACGAUUACAACACAAUAACGGACUACCAGAUGAUAGAGAAUAGCACCGAACGGCUGACAUGUAGAAGUACUGGCGGAAAUCCUCUUGCCAGCCUUGCAUGGAGCUGUUACAAUGGCACCGAGUCAACACCUAACAUUAGCGGUGGUUCAGUCAGUCGAUCGGUACAGUUCACAGCGCGGCGUAACCAAGACAACACGUGUACGUGUACUGCCACGCAUGAGGCGGGACCGUUGCAAAAGGCUACAUUGUACGUCAAUAUUAUAUAUCCCCCUUCAAUCCCGGAAUUCAAAGUGAACGGUACACCAGUGGACAUCGCGGUUAGCAUAAUUAAAGACAGUGCUCAGACGGUGACAUGUCACAGUUUUGGAAAACCUAAUCCAUCUACAAAUGAUUUCACUUGGACAAAAGAAAGAAUUGUUGUUAGUUCAAACUCAGUUUUAAGCUGGGCAGGCGGAAUUAGAAUUCAGGACGGAGGCAGUUACAAAUGUACCGUUACAACAACGAUGACACCUUCGGACACCAACAAAUCUCCAGUUAUAAAAGCGGUAUCUUCUGAUAUCACCAUGGAUGUCCUAUAUUCGCCACGGUUGCAUCAACUUCUCAGUCUAAGCGCCCUGGAAGGUGAAAGUUUAACACUAAAAUGUGAAUACGAGCCAGGUAACCCAACAGAAACAACAGUCGUAAUUGAUCGGUUAUACGAUCGGAUUACCUGGACCGGAAGAACACAUUUCAUUCCAUCACUAAAGAGAAGCGAUGCUGGUAUGUACAGUUGCACAGCUCGUAACAUCAUGAAGCCAUCAGGACAACAGAAUGAAAUCGUUGGAGAGGAAACUGGAAUUUUUCAGAUUAACGUAUGGUACAAAACUUCUGUGUCCAAGUUUGGUUUAACCAGUCAUCCCGACGCGAUUACUGUUACUGUCGAUGAAAACGCAACUCUUAACUUCUUCUGUGAAGUUGACAGUAACCCAAACUCCACCAUUAUAUUUGGAAAAUCGGACAGGCUACAGUACAACGCAACCCUAAAAAGGACCGACGGGUUUCUUCAUUUGGCAUUUGAUGUUCAACAAUCUGACUGUCUGGACACAGCAAGUUACUUUUGUCUUGGAUAUAACAACUACACAGAGAUUGAGACGGCACCAAGGAAAGAAAUGGACGUGUAUGUUCGAUGUUCACCAAGAACAUCAGGAGGGCAAUGGGAAAGCAAUGUUACGGCGGCUACUGGUGGCAAUGCAACGUUUUCCUUCGAUGUAGUGGCAUACCCUGUUCCAAACAUAGACGAAUAUGUUUGGCACAAAUGGAAUGGAAUUACGUUUUCUCAAGUUCACAUCAGUGACAAAUACACCAUCAACAAUACCGGUGUUUCUACAAUGUUCACUAUCAAUGAUAUUGAAGAGGACGAUUUUUCAGCCUACCUGCUAACGGUGUCUAAUGGAAUAAAUCCAGAUUUCAACAAAAUAUUCAACUUAAGUCCUCAAGAUGUCCCUCAGUGUCCAACUGGUUUAACAUAUAGUGCAACGACAUCGUCUUCAGCUACUAUCGAGUGGAUCAGUCACUUUAAUGGUGGACUUAAGCAAACAUUUAUCAUUUUAUACAAAAUGACUGAACGUUCGGAAUACUUGGUUCUUACGGCAGAUGAGAUUGACCAGAAGAUAGUGUACGAAAUAAUACUAACAGGAUUAAACGACGGAUCGACGUAUGAAGUCAUUCUAUUUUCAAGAAACGAAAAAGGAAACUGUAAACAAAAUACUUCACUCCGAUUCGACACUGAAGUACUUGUCGAAUCACCACCUGGAACCAUUGGAUCUAUAGUUGGUGGAACAACGGGAGGGAUAAUGGCAGCGAUAAUUCUGGUGAUAGUUGUGGUCAUUGUUUUGAGACGAAAGUACAACUUUGACUGUUUGUGUUCAUUCAGGGUAUCUCGGAAAGAUCUGCAUCAUGAUGCAAACACAGAUAACGGAAUAGAUACACAAGGAGCUAAUAAUCGUGGGUACAACGCUACUCAGACCUAUGAAGACAUUUCCAUGGUAACGGACAAGUCUCUGUACGAUGCAAUGGAUAAUCGAGACAAUGGCCCCGACAGUUCGCACUUGUACACGCCGUUGGAUGCGUCUGGUUCAAAGAAAAAUGUAUCCUAUGACAACGUCAAAGAUGAUCCCGUUUACAACAACACAAUGCUAAAGGACCCGGCACAGUCUGUGCUUUAGAUGAACUAGCGGAAAGUUUAACUAUCAAGUUUGACGCUGUUCGACGACGUAAGAGGAUGUGAAGUUUUAGGAUUGUUGUACGCUUCCUUGCCAGUGAAAUGUUUAACAUUCAUUAUAUUGUGAGGGCAAUGCUAAACCUUUCUUUGUUGAGGAUAUCACAGAGAUGUGAAAUUGGGAAAAUACAUAAUAAUGUUACACAUGCCAUGGUUAAGUUCGUGUUUAAAAUUGUGUUUUACAGAAAUCCUUUUGAUUUAACCUUAUAUAACAACAUGCAUGGUGCUCGUUAGCUUUUGUUUCUUAUAUUAUAGUGUGUGAUAGUUAUAAAUCUAACAAUAAACGAUUAAAUAGUUAUGUCACAA